CUGUAUUUUCAGACCGAUCGCUGCCACGAAUACGAUAGGUUACAGUUCCUCAGGAAAGUUGAGCGUGGAUCAAACCAGUGCACAAGAGAUGAGAGUGAGGGAAAUCCUGUGACUGUCGAAAGACUCGCGCCUCCAAAACUCAUAGCGAAGGAAUUUGCUGAUGUGUGUACGGAAGCAAGAAACCUUCGCUUUGACAAGAAAAAGAGGCUUGAAUUUGAAAACUCCGCAAAUGCGGCACCCUUGGAAGGCUUGGACCUUGCCAAUCAGAGGAAAACAGGUCUCGUACUGGUUGAGAACUGUACCGCUUGGCUAUAUCUACAUCGGCGAGAAGAUGCUUACAAAAUAUGUAAAUCAGCUGUUUCCCGUCUACUUCAACAGGCUUCGCUCUAUAGAGAACGA